ACAUUGGGCUAAUAAUUUGGGCACUUUUCAGUAGACAUUCGAAAUGGAUGGCAAUCUUAUAGUGUAUAUAGUUAUAGUUGUAAUUUUCUUCAUAACAACAGAAAUGACACAAGAAAAGUUUGUUGAAGAAAAUACAAAUUUUCUAUACUCGGAAUGUGAACAGAAGUUGGAAAGAGUACAUUGCAAGGCACUUAACAUAAGUAAAGUUCCACGACAAAAGCGAAGUCUUUGGCCACCAGGUCCAUUUGCAAUACCUAGGUCAAGUUAUGGCUGUCCCGAAUCAGGAAGUCGUGGAUGGACAAAAAGCGUUCUAUACAGAAAGAAACCUGGAAAUAAUAAACAGGAAGACCCAUUGAACUUGUGUGUUAAACUACGAAAUGAUACAGAACUAGAUACAGAAAAAUGGAUUCCGGGAAUAUAUACAAUUUAUAGGAUUGGAGAGGAAUGCCCAGCAGGUUUUAGAGAAAGCACAAUACGAGAAUCCUGUCUUGAAUAUGAUUCAUUUGGACCUAUUCCAAAUAUUACAGAAAAAGAAAUUGAAAAGGAAAAGAUAUUAGAAAUAGGCACUUGCAAAAAGAUCGGUAAUAGUUUGAAGGGAAACAAAAGGGGAAAUAAGGCUACAUACAGAAUGUUAGAAACGUCUUUUAUUGUUUUAAAGGUAAUGGCAAU